AUUCACGCGUGGAUGUGUAGAAAGCGGCACGCACCACGUACACGGUACUCUCGUUGAUAUGGAUUUAGGACGGCGAGCGCGGUAUCUGGUACACCCUACUCGGUUCCUGAAUAUCGGCUGUCCGCACGAGCUUCACAGCACUUUCCCUCGGACGAAACUGCGAGUGAAUCAUCGAGGUGUGCGAGUUCGAUCAGGCAACAGCGACCAAUGCUCAAAAAUCAACCAGUUCCGGUCAAGCCUUCAGCCCUCAAAGACUGCCUAGUUCUACCUAGAGGUAGCAUAGCCAUCCACUAGCCUUCUACCUCGAUAUUCCAGCCAAAUCGGUCAGCAACUUCCAUGUACCAGCGACUUACCAAGUGGAGGCGAUGCCCCACUUGCAACAUCAGACCCCGAUACCCGGCAGGCGACGAUUUGGUGAUUACCGUGUGCCGCGGGUGCUCCAAUUGCAACAUACCCCCUUUGCGUCUUCAACUUAAAAAUGUACCUCGGUACCUUUGUGGUUUUGUAAUUCAAAGCGACGGGAGCUGAACCCCAACCUCCCAAAGAACGAGCGUAUCAAACCUGUGUCUCAUCGGAUGCUCUAAUCGCUCUGUAGAUCCUAAAUCCGACAAACACACGCCCACAAUGCUGCGCCAUGGCGUGCGCAGAUUCGCCACGGCGAGCACGCUGAGGGCUGCUGUUGCGGCGGCGGCUGAGCCGGCCCAGCACACGUUGAGUGUCUUGAGGGCGCAAGGGGUCGCAAAGGGCCUGACCGGAGCCAUCGGCAACACGCCCCUGAUCCGGCUCAACAGGCUGUCGGAGGAGACGGGGUGCGAGAUCCUGGGCAAAGCCGAGUUCAUGAACCCAGGCGGGUCCGUCAAGGACCGGGCGGCGCUGUACGUGGUCAAGGACGCCGAGGAGCGCGGGCUGCUGCGCCCGGGCGGCACCGUGGUCGAGGGCACGGCCGGCAACACGGGCAUCGGGCUGGCGCACGUGUGCCGGUCGCGCGGCUACAAGCUCGUUAUCUACAUGCCCAGCACGCAGUCGCAGGGCAAGAUCGACCUGCUGCGCCUGCUGGGCGCCGAGGUCUACCCCGUGCCCGCCGUCGCGUUCGAGAACCCGGAAAACUACAACCACCAGGCCCGCCGUCAUGCCGAGCGCCUCGACAACGCCGUGUGGACCAACCAGUUCGACAACACGGCCAACCGCCGCGCCCACAUCGAGACGACGGGGCCCGAGAUCUGGGCCCAGACGGGCGGCAAGGUCGACGCCUUCACGUGCGCCACCGGCACCGCCGGCACCCUGGCCGGCGUCACCCGCUUCCUCAAGGACGCCAGCGGUGGCGCCGUCAAGUCCUUCCUCGCCGACCCGCCCGGGUCCGUGCUGCACAGCUACAUCACCAGCGGCGGCCGCCUGACGGAGCGGACGGGGUCCAGCAUCACCGAGGGCAUCGGCCAGGGCCGCAUCACCGACAACCUGCGCCCGGACCUGGAGCUACUCGACGGCGCGCUACACAUCAGCGACGAGAAGAGCAUCGAGAUGGUGUACCGCUGCCUUGACGAGGAGGGGCUCUACCUGGGCGCCUCGUCCUCUCUCAACGUCGUCGCCGCCAAGGAGGUCGCCGAGCGGCUCGGCAAGGGCCACACCGUCGUCACCAUGCUUUGCGACGGUGCCUACAGGUAUGCCGACCGCCUCUUCUCUCGCAAGUGGCUUGAGGAGAAGAGACUGCUGUCGGCUGUCCCGAAGCACCUCGAGAAGUACAUUGUCCUGCCUUGAGAACCCUCUUCUUAGAGAUCUUUUAUGCGCCCCCUUUAUACCACAUUUCUUGGCCUCCGCAAAUUACCUGAUAUCUGCCAUCUCUUGUAUACAUGUGCACACGUGCAUCAACAUCUAGGGUAGGGACAUGGGGAGUGUGAACAGCACAAGGGAAAGAGAAGACGAAGAAG